AACGCACUGACAAAUUUUUGUUUAAAAAGCUGAUUACUCAAGUGAACUAAUCUCAGCUAAAGGAACAACCCCUUGGCUAAUCCAAAAGUGGUUGAUGCAGAGAAAGACAGAACGAUCUUCCUGGAUAGGAUACAAGACUUAUACUAACAUAGAUUUUGCUGUUGUCAAAUCUAUAAAAGGUAGUAGCUGUAAAGUAAAUACUGACAAGAACUUGAAACCUAACGUCAUUUUCGUGACGGACUUCUGGAUCCUGUGCCUACCCAUUCAGCAUCUUCAAGUUCAGGCGAUAUACGGGUGACCUUCGCUAUGUCUAGCGACGACAAUAUCAUCGACCUGGAGAACAGAGAUCCGAACAAUCUCAAUGACCAAGUCAAGCUCACCUUUGAGGACGUCAUAGGCGAGCCAGAUGACGCUCAUUCCAUCGACUGUGUGUGGGUCAACUCUUUCAAGUGCUUCACCUGCUGCAAGAGCUGCUGCUACAAGCUACUCACCAUCUGCUGUGGCAUCCCUCUGGCAAUUUUCUGGGCCUUGGAGUUCGCCAUCCUCACCUUCUCGCACGUGUGGUUCUACACGCCGUGCAUGCGCUACUACAUCAUCAGCUGCUCCUGCGUGCAGAGAUGUUACGGCACGUUCAUGCAGUGCUACAUUCGGCCGUGCUACGAGGCCAUGGGCUUUUUCUUCAAUAACAUCCGGGUCACUACUGUCACGGAGUGAGGGACAGGAAACUGCAAGGACACACUACAUUCCUGGACUCUAUAUGAUACAGGGUGUCCGUUUGCUGUCUGAAGUUUGGAUCUAUACGUAACAACUGUGUAACAAUGAUGAACCGUACAUAAUCCUAUUAUAGUGAUAAAGACAAAAAGUGUGCCAGAUGUACACAGUUAUCAGUGUUACAUACCGUGGCCUUAUCCCGUGUGAGCUCUGCUCACGGUCUCGUACUUUUUCACAAGAAAAAAAAUCAUAUUUUUAUCAGUAGGGUGCUAGUUUUGAUGAAACAAUUGUUUUGAGUAGAUUUUUACUCUAUCGUUAGGCCAGACUUUUGAGGCUCCCCUGUAACCACUGAGCAUCACAUGUAUAAUUUCGUAAAAUGUGCAGCGAAUUUUGUUUUGAGUAGGCACGGAGUAUAAUGCCUCGUUUCUCCCCUAUUAUUUUCAGAACGUUGAAAUACGGUAUCACUGAGCACGAAGACUGAGCUCUGACAGGAGAAAUAUGGAUACGACUUUCUCUCUUGAGGCAGAACGGACCUGUCGUGUAUAUUGUCACGUUCAAAAUGACCAACAUUCACAUAGAACAUCAGAGUUGCUAUUUCAGCAAAGAAAACGUCUAAGGACUGCACCCUGCCAUGACAGAUAUAUCAUUUUAUAGGUUUUUUUGUCUGACAAGGAUCACCUCUCUAUGCAUACAAUUCUUCAGCUACCGAGAGUUAGUUGUAAAAAAAAACCCCAAAAAACUUAAAGACGCAUUUCUUCAACUCCCUGCCUCUACCCCAUCCAUGCCGUCCUGUCUUCUCUCUGUCUUUGUCUCUGUCUCUGUCUCUGUCUCUGUCACUGUCUCUGUCUC